CCUCGCGUGCGUCGUCGCCGCCGCAACUCCCUCCUCCUCCACUCCCUCAACCCCUCCACUCCCUCAACCAUCUCGCCGUGCCGCCAUCGCCGCCUCCACUCCCUCAACAAGCCAUCUCGCCGUAACGCCAUCGCCGCUCCCUCCCCGCCAGAUCUCCCAGUGAGGAGACUAGGGCCGCCGGAUCCGGUGAUCCCAUUCUCCUUGCCGGCGGAUCCGGCGCCCUAGAGAGGAACGAGAGCCGCCGCCCUUUCUCCUCUUUCAUCCCUGCCACGCCACUGCCUCCCAAGCCCUCUCCAACCAUUUGAUUCAUCGGCCUUGGCCUCCCCCUCCAGUGGAUCCGGUCGCCAGCCGGACGGAGUCAGCAGGCCGCCGCCACACCCUCUUCUCCUCUCCCUCUCCAUGAGCACCUCGCUCAGUGCCAUGAGAAGGGAAGGGAGAGCGUAGGCUCAGCCACGACCGCGACGAAGGCAACCGCGGCUCGGCGACGAUGGUUGCCUGCCUGCCUGGGUGUAUUUUCAUAUUCAGAUAGUUUUGGAAGCUACAAGUACACAUGGCUUACCUCUUGAAUGUACAUCAAAAGAGUUUUUCAUAUGCUGCUGUACUGUGUUCCUCAUUUUCAGUGAUGAAUGCUAUAUGCUCGAAGCACAUUCAUUACAGGUCGCAAAAAGAAAUGGAUAUGGAUUGGGUCCAUCAUGGAAACAGACACAAAUUUCUUUUGAAGGAAUGUUUAGGUACACAGCUCAAAAUUGCAAUAUAUUUUGGGACAGAGGUAGUAUACUUUUUUUCAGCUGUACUGAUGUCACUAAUCGCACAUAACGGAGGAUUGUUGUUGACUAGGGCAUCGGCAUGCUACACUUGAAAAAAGGUCAUUUUCUAUCUGUUCAUUUUAGCUUUGCAUGCAUUUAAUAGAACCACCAGUUGGCAUGGUCUUCUCUUUGUAGCAUCCAAUAGUCCAGUGUGAUUCUAGCGUAUAGAGAAAAAGGGGUACCAUGAAACCUCUGUAAACUCAUUGUAAUUGACAUGUAAUUUGCCUUUUUUUUUCUAUUUAUUCAAACUUCCUAUACUUUUGAUUUCCUCCUUUAGCCUAGACACUAUUUUUUUGUGUGUUCCAAUUUUUCUUACAAGGGUCGUUUAUAGGAUAUAGAUGAAAACAUGAACCAACGCUAUAGGUGAAUAUAGAUACAUAUUAUUCCUUGAACAUAUUGGACUUCAAUUGAUUCGGGCGGCGCGGCGUAGCGCGCUUCUAUUGCUAGAUACUUUACUUAAACGUCGUGGGAGUGGUGAAAAUUUAGGCCGCCACAUCAUCAAUUUUUUUCAAAAAAACCCUUGCUCUUUUCGCUAAUAGCGUGUAGAUCCAUGUUAACAUGGCUGUCGGAUCGCAUGCUAGGGUUGAUCUGGCCGUCCACGUUUCCCGGCCUGACUGCCCUUCCACCAUCAUCAGAUCGUUGGAUUAGGGGAACGGACGGCCUGGAUUUGCCAAGAACCCUAGCCGCCUUUGCCUUGCGUGCGUCUCACGUCCAACUCGGCCGCCAGGCGCUCUUCUCGCCUGCGCUGCCUCGCCCUCCUCUCCUCACGCGCAUCGCCGCUUCGCCCUCCUCCCGCCGCCGCCAUACCGUCGCCGCUUCUCUCCCCAGUAAGGCCGCCGCACCUGCUCCGGCGUUCGGUCUCCCGCCGGUGGAUCCGGCCACUUGGAGCCUUGGAAGUGAGGGAGCAAGCCGUCGCUACCACCCUCUGCUGCUCUUCUUCUCCGCACCUCCAUCGCCCCUCUCCCCCUCUCAGCUCCGCUCAGUGCCAGAUCCGGCUCAGGGGCCGCCGGAUUUGGUAGGAGGAGGAGGUAGCAGCAGUGCAGCUAUUGAGGAGAAGGAAGGAGGAGGGUCGCGACAUGGCCAUUACUGUGAUGAGAACGGUUAGGGCUCGGUUAGGUCGAUGGCUAGGAACGACGACGGCUAGCGGCUUGGUCAGGUCGACGGUAAGGAACAACAAUGGCUCAGUCUUUCCUACGUUUUUUCUGCUUUUCAUUUUAUUUUUCUCCGGGAGAGGCAACCUGAUAUUGUUGGGCUAUUUGCGCUGAAAUAAUAUGACAUCUUGCCUGGAUCACCUACUGAUACGCAUUGGAGUCACAUCGAGGAGCCCAGAGUAACCUUCCGUUCUGUCUUUAAGCAAUAUACAAUCCCAAUUGUGAAUUUGUGAUGUCUAAUUUUAUAUCUCUAAAAUCCCAAUUGGCAUGUCCAAGAUACACGGACGAAGCAAUAUCUGUUCAUGAAUGUGAUUUGAGCAACAUAUAUAACAAGUAGGUUGUGUUCAGUUUUUUUUCCUCGGCUCAUAUGGGAAAGACUAGGGAUGAUUUUGAUUUAUUUAUUUUCUUAUUGGUACUUAAAAAAGGAUCAUUUUUACCUGUUUACACAUGAGUGCUUGCAGUACUAAUACGAAUCAUUGCCAUGGGUUAACAUUGAGGCGAUUACGCCACCCAAUUUGGUGAGAAGAUAGCAGGUGGAGGUUAGCAGGGCUGGGCAUCCCUUGCUUCAGGUCUUGCUGUCCAUUCAUGCUGCUAGGACAUGUAUGUUGGUCCUAUAUACCCUUCCUCAGCCACCAUCCUGCUUUUCUUUUGCAUCUGUUAUGUAUGCUAAAUUGCUAAUUUCCGCAUCGCAUUAUUUGUUCUUAGUUGUAGCUGUCUUCACUUAGAAUGCACAUGCCUAUUUUCAUUGCCUGGUUUCUUCGUUGUCUAUGGUAAGUUCAAGUCGGUUAAUGCAUAUGUUUGUGUUUCGGACUUUUUUCUUAGAAUCAACAAUGUUGUUUAGUGACACACAUUAUUUUUUCCCCUCUACUCUUUUAGUUUGAUAUGAAACACAUUUCUCAUACACUCCCUCCGUUUUUUAAUAGAUGACGCCGUUGACUUUUUCUCACACGUUUGACCAUUCGUCUUAUUAAAAAAAAAUUAUGUAAUUAUAAUUUAUUUUGCUAUGAGUUGUUUUAUCACUCAUAAUACUUUAAGUGUGAUUUAUAUCUUAUACAUUUGCAUAAAAUUUUUGAAUAAGACGAAUGAUCAAACAUGUGAGAAAAAGUCAAUGGCGUCAUCUAUUAAAAAACGGAGGUAGUAUUUAUUUUUAUUCUUAGAGGUAAUAGUAUGCACACAAACUGAGCAGGUAUUCUUUUCAGGCUCUUUUGAAGAGGUUAGGUGUUUUUAUGUGAUCUCUGCAAAUUAUUGAUUCUAUAAUGAGGUUGCGUAAAUAUGAAGUAUGAUAUUAUCUAGAUUCCAAUUACAUUGUGGGACAUAGUAAUUCUCAUUGCUAUUGUAGGCCAUAGUGUAUUGAUUCCUGUGCAUCGCUUCUUUCUGGAGUUCAGUUACCACGUUGGUGCUUCAUAUGCAACAGCAUGGACCAAUUUACUAUGCCAUGUCCUAAGAAGGUUUGUGCAUGACAAGAAGGUAUCUAAGAUAACACUCUUUCGUUAAUGCCAACUGUUAAACAUAGAAAUCAAAGUAAUUUAUUUUGCUACCAUUUCCUUUAGGUGGCACUCACAUAUUGUUCAAUUGUACUGGGGACAUUAGGCUUUAUUACUGUUAUUGGGAUCAAUCAGAUAUGCGUUUUCUGCUGGUUUUGCUCAUGGCUAUGUACACAAGAAAUUUUAGAUUAUAAAAUAAAUAUGAUGGACCAAUGUUUCCAGCUACUACUUCCGGUGUACAUCCUUUUUUAUUAUGUGUCACUUCAGAUUUGGUCUUUGUUCAAACCUGCCUAUAAUAUCAACAAGAACUAAAACUGAAAGAUUUCAACAAGAAUCAUGUACUUGCAAAACCAUUGUUCAAAAUCCAAGAUUUCAUCCCUGAAGUGUUCGUUUAAAAGUUAAGGCAAUUUUCUGUUCCGGAUUAGCCUUUCGGCCUGCAUCAAUGGUUUUAAACAAUCUGGUUGGAUUCAGUUGCCCUAUGAGUUACUUUUGUAGUACUGAUGAAUCUGAAAAUUUACCCUGAGUUCUAUUGGGUUCUAAGUUAAUCCAUGGUGUAUUCAUUCAAAGUUGGCAUCCCAUACCACAUACCGCUGAGAUAAUAUAUUGCUAGUUUGGUGGAACUAUUUCACUGAUUAUCAUAUGUUAUCACAUAUUGGUUGCAUAUUUGUGCAAAUGGCUGAAACAAUUCUAUUUUUAUUUAAUCGCUUUGCCUUUCAAGCUAUAUUAUUGUUUCAGACUUUGUGAUGAACUUUCUUGCAAGAUAUCUAAAGCUUAUCUCAAAGUUGAUAAGUUAUGUACUAAUUUCAGUAUUAUGUUUGCUUUUGUCAGGGCUAGAGAAUAUAUGCAUUAGUGUACUUGAAACAAAACAGGGUAGAGUGGCCCAAUGGCACUAUUUGUCUUUCCAAAUCGCCACUAUGUCAGUACAGAUAAACGAAUAGAGAUGGAAUCGGAGAGACAUCUGCCCCGUACCCGUACGUACGUGCGGGCGUGCCGCGGAAAAACUCCCCGAUUCCGUCGAGGAGUCGAUCUCCUCCACCGCGCCACACCCACAUAUACAAAAUCUCGAUCCCGCUCGUUCAAUAACGCGUCCGCGCACGGCGACACACCCGAUGGAUCGCGAGCGGCGGCGGCUGCGCGGCCGCGGCGGGAACAACAACCACCCACGGCGCGUCCUGGCCGACGUCGUCAUCCGCUUCGACCCCACAUGGCUGGUGACGAUCCUCCUGUUGUCGCUUCUGCUACUGGGGAAGGCGACGGGGACCACGGCGACGGUGGUCGUCUCCGGCAGCAUGGAGCCAGGGAUCCGGCGGGGCGACAUGCUCAUCGUACGGGAGCGGCGCAACGACGGCGACGGCGACGACAACAUCCGCGCCGGGGACAUCGUCCUCUUCAGCACCGAACUCCACCCCGUCCCCAUCGUUCAUCGCGUCAUCGAGCUCCACGAGCGACACGACGGCGGCGCGAGGCAGAUGCUAACGAAAGGUGACAACAAUGGUGUCACCGAUAGAAGCUCCCUCUACACGGGGCAGUGGCUGCACGAUCACCAUAUUUUGGGAAGAGCAGUCGGGUUUUUGCCUUAUCUUGGUUGGCCGCGUUGCUUGAUCCAAGAUUUUGUACUUGACAAACUGAAUUUGUGACGCCGGUAGGCAGGUUUAGUGGAAGCUUUGAGCUUGUUUCACCGAUGAUUGACUGGCUUGUGACUUGUAAUGCGAGCCAUUUGAAGUUGUCGUAGUGCUUGUGGGUAGAGAUAUGCAAGUGUACCGGCCCGUGAAUACAAUUGUAGGCCAAAAAAAGUGGGUAACCUGUAGGUUCUCAGU